AUGGCCGCUGCUCCGCCGCCUCCUCCUCCCCUCAGCGCCGCCCGGGCUGCUCCGCCGCCGCUCCGCUCCGCGCUGCCCGCAGCCAGCGGCCCCCGCCCGCCCCUCUCGCGAGACUUCGCCGCCCUCCUCCUUCCCCCGCCCGCCUGCCUUCCCUCCGCGGGAGGGGCGAGGAGACGGGAGGAGCGGCGGGAGGGGGCGGGGCCGGGUGGGCCCGGGCUGGGCUCGGCUGUGCUGGGCGGAGGGAUUACAGCUGGAGGAAUUCUAAACAAUCCGAGUCUCCUUGUCAUGGUGUUUAAGUGCAUUGUGCUCCUGUCUGAACAGAGGAAAUCGCUGAGGAAAAGCAAGAGGAAUAUGGAUCGCUUCAAACAUAUGUUGUUACUAAGUGGAGCAGUAAGGAGCGAUCUGCUUGUGGAGUCAUUAAGUGGAAUGAAGGAUCAGGUUCUUCUGAAUCUUGGUCUUGUACUUCCUCCUGCAGCCAAGAGUUUUCUUCCCGGUAGGAAAGGUCACCCGGGGUUCUGGCAGCAUCCUCCUACCUCCGGCUCAGCCCUCACCGUGAAAUGGGCAGACACCAUUCGUGACUGUGCGAAUAUCCUGAGUCACACGUUUCCAGCCGGCUGUUGUGCUGCGGUUAUCGCUUCUCCCUUUACGACUGCACUCCCUAGAGGAGACCUGAACAACUGCAGCUGUCAGCAGAAGCGCAUUGUGUGCACAUGCCGGAAUGGCACCGUUGGUGGACGACCUCUGGCUGCAGUGUGGGUAAUUGGAGGUGAGGUGAACGAACCGCUAUCCCUGGGCCUUGCCUCCAGUGACGCCUUCACUGCGGACGUUUUGAUUCGCUUCCUCAGAGGUAUGGGCAGCAGACGUCGCUCGUGGCUCUGUGAACGCUCCCAGGCGCUUACAACAGGGGACGCUCCUCAGAUGCAGCCCUCCAAGCAACGGCUGCAGCCACCAGCAGGCCUCGUUUGUAGCCCCAAAGCACGAACAGAGCAGAGCACAAGGAUGGAGCCGAGGAGAGGUUCUCCCUGCCUGGGCACGGCUCCGGGUGAGCAGAGCUGCCACCCGUCCGCAGCAGACGGGCUCUCUUGGGGAUGGACUCCUCAGCUCCUCACUGUCCCCUGCUACAUCGUGGCUGCUGACACACAUGGGACGUGGAGGAUUCCAAGAGGUUGAAUUUUUGGAGCUGCCUUUCCCGCUGCCUGGACGUGCAUUCACUCGGAUGCUUUUCAGUGCCGAGCCUUAAACGGGAGGCAGACACAAGAAGUCUUUCUCUUUCCGUGGAUGCAGAAAUCUUCUUCUUUCCAUGGAUGAAUUUUCUCAUUUCAGCUUCAGCUCGCCCCGAACAUCCAACGCAAAUUAAAUGCGGCAUUGUAAAAAGGCCUCAGAGAGGAAAUGAUUCUCACAAAUCACUGGAAUGAGCUUUAAGGUUUAACUGCACCUUCACACAGCUUCGAAACUCACCUCACCUCCAGGAGCACUCUCCUGAUUUCUGUAGCAGUUGAUUUGCUCCUCGCUGCCCUCACGGAGCAGCUGGAAAUGGCAUUCUCUCUGCACAGCCCCACACUUCAAAGCUUUAGAAAAUAACCUUUGGAGUUACAGAGCUAGAAAUUAUGCUGGCUGUGCCCAGCCCCGUGCUGGAUGUGGGAAUGCUCGGCCAUGGGAGUGGUGUUCCAAGGAAAAUUACCUCUUUCCUUUGCAGGAGAGCCCGCUGACGUGCCACGCUCAACGAGCAGCAGGGAGGAAAACCACUGCAGGCGGAGAGGCUUGCGACUUUCCCUUUCCCAUAGAGCGCAUCCCAAACUGCACUGCCCUGUGUGGUGCCCUCACCGGCAGCCCAGGGGGAGGACACGAAGAGCUCCAGCACCGGGAAAGGGGAGGGCAGGCUGCGGGCUGCGUGUCCCAGCACGGCACGCGGUGUCGGGCCGAGGGCAGCGCUGCGUGCUGGAACUCGUGGUGCCCUUAGCGCAUCUCUGCGCCGUGCAGCUCAGCCUGGGGGGCCCCGGGUUAUAACCUCAUGGAUUUCUAUGCGUUUUUUUCAUCCGUUUUUGCCAGCUUUGGGUGGUUAAUGUAAUGCACAUGCAACGUGGCGCUUCUAAGGAGCAACAUAGCCGCUGCAUCUUCGUGUACAGACAGCCCUCUGCCCUUGGUAUUUAGAUUUCUGGUGUCUCUGUGUGUAGAGAUGAUUUGUCCGUAAUUGUUUGCUUUCUCCCGAGUCCUUUGAAGCGUACGUCUCCAAGCCUGCUCCUCAUAUUAAAAAUAAACGCUUCCAAGCCACCAAUAAAAUGUCAGCCGUGAUUAAAGCCCGGCUCCUCGCUUCGGGAGCCGUCUCCUAAGCGAUGCGAGGUCACCGAGUCAGCACACCACGACUGCUAUCCCCGCACACGGAGCGGGGAGCUGCAGCGUGC